AUGACUACAAAUAUUCAAGUGAUAUGUCGAUUUAGACCUCCCAUCCCUGGAUAGGUUGAAAGCUAAAUCUACUUCGCAGAUGAAAGAAGUGUUCUCAUAGAAAACCAACAAUUCAAUUUCGAUCAUAUAUUCCAUCCAGGAAAAUAAAUUGAUGUAUUUAAGGUGGCAGCAGAGCCAGUAAUUUAAGGAGUCUUAGAGGGAUUCAAUGGGACUGUGGUAGCUUAUGGCUAAACUGGAUCUGGAAAGACCCAUACGAUGGAAGGGACGACUGGAGAUGAUUAAGGAAUAAUAAAAAGAAUGGUCAAUACAGUGUUUGAUUAUAUUGAAGCCAGUCCCGAUUAUGUAGAGUACCGAAUAAAAAUAUCAGUGACAGAGUUAUACAUGGAAAAAGUGAGAGACUUGUAAAACAUCAAGAAAACAGAUCUGAAAAUAAGAGAGGAUAAAAAUCAUUCAACAUACAUAGAAGGAGUAACUGAAACAUCAAUAGCUGAUUAAUCAGAAAUAUAUGAUAUAUUGAAGAUGUGCAAUGCUAAUCGAAUGAUAGCAAGCACUAAUAUGAAUGAAUAGUCAUCUCGAUCACACAUGAUAUUUUUAAUGACAGUUUAAUCUAUAGACUUAAGAGAUUAGUCUGCCAAAACAGGCAAACUAUUUUUGGUAGAUUUGGCGGGUAGUGAAAAGGUGUCUAAAACAGGAGCAGAGGGGAAAAUCUUGGAUGAAGCCAAGGGGAUCAACAAGUCAUUGUCAGCCUUAGGUUAGGUGAUUAAUGCACUUACAGAUGGAAGUUAACAUGUGCCAUACAGAGAUUCAAAAUUAACAAGAAUAUUGCAGUGUUCUUUUGGUGGUAACAGUAGAACUACACUUAUUAUAACAUGUUCUCCUGCUCAAUUUAAUUUGCAGGAGACUCUCUCUACUUUGAGAUUCGGAGUUAGAGCAAAGGCAAUCAAGAACAAGCCAAAAAUAAAUAAGGAACAUACUGUGGAAGAAUUGAAGAUGAUUGUCUAAGAGAAGGAAAGAGAAAUAUUGGUAUUGUAGGAGCAAUUAUCAUAAUUCAAAAAAGGCAUUGUGAUUAGUGAAGAAGAUAAGGAGAUUUUGAAGGAUAUAUAGGAGGAUUUUAAUUCUGAUAUUCCAAAUAAUAGUGAAUAGUUAUUAUAAAUGUAAUAGAUAAUGGCUAAGUACGAGUAAGAAAUAGAGAUGUUUAAAUAGGCUCAAUUUAUCAGUUAAUAGAAGGAAAUAGAAUUAAGAAACUAAUUGAGAAUAAAAGAGGAUGAAAUGCAAGAAAAGAUUUAGGAUUAUGAACAUCAGUAUCUGAGGAUGGAGACUGACUAUUAAAAGAAGCUGUCUAAUAUCCAAAGAACUUUGUCUUAAAAGCUUGGUCAAAAUGGAGAGAAAGACAUCUUUGAGGAUGAUUAGGUUUUGACUCUCAUUGACAACUUUGUGAAGGAGAGAGUCACUUCUAAAUUAAAAUAGAUUACCUAUUUAUAUAAGAAACAUCACAAGGAUUAAUUGAAUGAAUAAUUAAUGGCCUUCUUAACAGACGAUAAAAAGGAAUUCAAUAUUCAAAAUGAUUAAUUGGCUGAGUUACAUACGUAAGUAGCUCAAUUAAAGAAAUAGAAUUUGGAAUUGCAGACUGACAAUAGCAGUCAAUAAGAACUCUUAGAAACUUUGGAAAAGACUUAACAGCUUUUAGAUGCAGAAAAAGCAAAGUCAUUAAAAUUAGAGAAUUAAUUGGCUAAAAAUAAUAGGAAUUAUGAUGAGAAAUGCAAAGAGUUAAAUAAUAACAUAGAGAAAAUGUUGGAAGGAGUGCAUCAAGUGAUUAAUGAGAAAUAAAAGUAUUAAAGAGAAUGUCAGAAACUAAAGAAAUUGAUUGAUGAUAGACAACUCAAAAUCUUUAAAUUAUCAGAAGAGGUAAACAGACUUAGCGUAGAAAAUCAGAAGUUGUUUGUGAAAUAUGAUUAGUUAAAAGAAUUACAGAGAUUGGAAAAGAAUUCCAUGUUGGAUACAUCUGAGGUCAAUUCUUCAUUUAGACAAAACAAAAAGAUAUACAAAUGUUUGAAGGGAGGCACCAAAAAUCCUAUAAAUUAACAAAUUAUAGGUAAAGAGAAUGUGUCAGAAGAUGAAAAAUGA